AUGGCGAGCAACCCCAAGGUGAGCGGCCCAUUCGGCGGACCGAUCGAGAGCUGGCGUACCCACCCCAUGCUGCGGAUCACCCACCCCAGAGACGUGCUUCCCGGCUUCGGAACGGCCCUCGGCCUCUUUGCCAUCGUCUGCGUCGGCGAAUGGAUGUGGAAGUCUGCUGGCGCCCCCAAGCUGCGAGCCACCGGCAAGUCGGCCUGGAAGGACGCUUCUGCCGCCCAUGACGAUGAGAAGGUCCUCAAGUCGCACUCUCAUUAA